AAGCUUAGGACACUGACAUUCUCGGUACCAGUCCCUUAAAGGUAGCUUUCUGUUCUUUGGUCCAUCUCCGAACCAUCAUGAGCUACAGCUUUGCCCAGAGCAGUUCCAUGCGAGGAGGAAGUGGCAUCUCCUCUCGCCUCUCUGGGGGCAUCCUUGGUGCAUCAAGUGUCCACGGGGGCUUCGGAGGAUCCGGGAUUUCCCACAGCACUGCCAGAUUGGUAUCAUCUGGCUAUGGGGGUAACUUUUCCUCUGUCCAUGGUGGUGGGUCGUCGUUUGGCGGUUCCGGUGCAGGCUAUGCUUCAAAUGUUGCUGAAAGCUUGCUUUCUGGCAAUGAGAAGUACACCAUGCAGAAUCUCAAUGACCGCCUGUCCAAUUACCUGGACAAGGUGAGAUCACUGGAAGAAGCCAAUACAGACCUCGAGAAGAAGAUCCAUGAGUGGUACGAGAAGCAAGGGUCGGUCGCUGUGCGCGAGCAGGACUAUUCCCACUAUUACACGACAAUCGAGGAGCUGCGUGAGAAGAUUCUAAAUGCUACUAUCGAUAACAACCAUGUCAUUCUGGCGGUGGAUAAUGCGAGACUGGCUGCCGAUGACUUUAAACUCAAGUAUGAAAAUGAACUCUCCCUCCGUAUGAGCGUUGAAGCUGAUAUCCAUGGCUUGCGUAAAGUGCUGGAUGAGUUGACCCUGGCCAGGUCUGACCUGGAAAUGCAGAUUGAGAAUCUGAAGGAAGAGUUGGCUUAUCUGAAGAAGAACCAUGCAGAAGAUAUGAGUGACAAAGGUCAGCAGAUGAGUGGAACAGUAAAUGUGGAAAUGGACGCUGCUCCUGGAACGGAUUUAACCAAGAUGUUGUCUGAAAUGAGAGAGCAAUAUGAAUACAUUGCUGAAAAAAACAGACGGGAAGCAGAAGCUUGGUACCUGUCUCAGAGUGAAGCGCUGCAGAAGGAUGUCGUGAGUAACACAGAGCAGGUGCAGAGCAGCAAAACGGAAAUAACGGAGCUCCGACGGACUCUGCAAGGGUUAGAAAUCGAGCUGCAGUCCCAUCACAGCAUGAAAAGUGGACUUGAAGCCACGGUCUCAGAAACGGAGGCACGUUAUUCCGCCCAGCUUGGUCAAAUCCAGUCUGUCAUUGGCAGCAUCGAAGAACAGCUGACCAAUCUCCGAUCGGACAUAGAACGAGUUAAUCUGGAGUAUAAGACACUCUUAGACAUCAAGGCGCACCUGGAGGCCGAAAUUGCAACUUACCGCAACCUGUUGGACGAGCACGGAGCCAGCAUUGGCGAAUCCAAAAAAGAGAGCUCAGGUACUGCCACAACCACCAGCACCACAACUACCAAAGUCCAUACAACUGUUAAAGAAGAAGUCUCUUCUACUGGAAAGAAGUGACCUAAUUCAAGAGUGUUUUCCAAGAGUUCUACAAACUAAGAAACUACAUCAUUGAACCAUACCAUAACAUUUUAACUAAGGGUAGUACAAUUUAAAUGGCAUACAUUAGUAGAAAUUAAAACAAAUACACUUUCUUUAUCUCACACGUAUAUGCAGUCAUAUGUACAUCAAACUAAAAACAUGUUUCCUUUCUACGCAAAAGUUAUGAAUAAACCCAAAAUACUAAAUAAUAAAUACAUCAAAUAAA